AUGCCCAAGGUCAUUUGUUCUGCCUGUGGACAAGAAAAUCCACCAACGAGAAGAUGUAAAACGGGGAAAAAGAAAUCAGCAAUUGGAUGGGUGUACUGUGAUGAUUGCAGCGAAUGGCUUCACGCAACCUGCGUUCGGAUCGGAGCCUCACUUCUAGCAAAGGCAGAAAACUUCUGGUUUUUCUGCGAGAAGUGUGCCGUUAAAGGGUGCCUGAUGUGGAAGCAAUCUGCGGACAUCGUCCCUAUCAAUCCAGUCAGCCCAUCCAAAACAGAGGCACAGAUUUCGGAGUUGACAUCUCUUAUUCAAAAGCUGCAGAUAGAGUUGGACACGCUCAGAUCCCAACACAAGAAGUCUAUCGAUCGUCUCCAGAACAAACUCAGCGAAGCUAAACAACAAGAUGAAAAGUGCGCAUCGCACUUGCAGGCGCUAACACAAAUUGAGGAAAAAAUCGAAACCAUCCAAUCCGGAUCUAAGCUGGCAAACAUCUGUUCACAGACCGACCUUCCCGGAUACAACUUUGUCCGACACUCGCUUCCAUCUAAACGCGGACGCGGUGCGAAAACCUGCGGAGGCGUUGGACUGUAUAUUCGGAAAGGAAUCAAAGUUACGACCAUCUUGAAAUCUGCAUUUGAUCCCAACCUUCCUAUCGCCAAUCGUGUUGAGUAUCUGGCAGUACGGGCGAAACUCAAUGAUCUGAGCAUCUGCAUAGUUGUGCUCUACAACCCAACAGCCAGCAAUCAACAAUUUGCUCAAUGCUACGAACGCCUUCUGCUUGACCUGCAAGACUUCACACCUGACCGUCUGUUUAUCGUCGGUGAUUUCAACAUCAAUGUGGCAGCAAUACAGCAGAGUCCAAACUUGACGGCUCUCAAUCAAAUCCAUCAGGCUUUUGACUUAGCAGUGCUCCUCACAUCAGCAACUCGAACUACUGAACGGAGCGCAACGACCAUAGAUCUAAUGAUCACAAACGCCCCUGAUACAAUCACGACCUGUCGAUCUUCUUGUGCCAGCACAAUCUCCGACCAUGAAGCGAUCUAUCUGAUCUCGAACGUGAGAGUUCUCAAACCUGAACCACAAAAAGUCAAAAUACGCAAUCUACGCCGCAUCAAUCCUAUACGGCUGCAGGCUGAUUUCAUCAGUAGAGACAGAACGGACUUUUACCACUGUAGUAACGUAGAUGCAAAGACUGAAAUGUUAACCACAGAACUGCGAACACUCAUCGACAGUCAUGCACCGGAAAAAACUAUAACUGUUCGAGAUAAGCGCACACCGUGGAUCACAAACGAGAUAGAGCUAAAGGGCGAUCCACAGUGGAACGACUAUCAACAGAAACGCAGCAGAGCAGCAACCCUCAUUUUUUCGGCUAAAAGAAGAUAUGGACAACGGUACUUCAGUCCUGAUCUACCCGCACAGCAGUUGUGGAACAACCUUCGUAGGGAGGGAAUCCACAAUAACAGCAAAACCAACAUCAACUGUGAUCUGAACGUUGGCGAACUCAAUAAGUUUUUUGCCGAAGGACAUCGCCAACUUGGUAACAACAGAGCCCAACCGACACAAACCAUACAGGCCUCCACCCAUCCAAAUUCAGCCGCUGAGCCUAACAACGUACAGUUCCACUUUCGUGACGUGGAUGCAAGUGAAGUUAAUCGGCGUUUGCAUGAAAUAGAAUCAAACGCUGUAGGCAGCGAUGGAAUUCCCAUAUCAUUCCUGAAAUUGCUCUCUCCUUUCUUAUUACCAGUGCUAGUAGAGCUCUUUAACAAAAUCAUCGCUACUCAAGUUUUCCCCAAGAGCUGGAAGAAGGCUAUUGUACAUCCGAUCCCUAAGAACUCACAUCCAACGGAGCCGAAGGAUUUCAGACCCAUUAGGGUCCUACCAGCGACGUCUAAAAUUUUGGAAAACAUACUCCUUGCUCAAAUUACCGAACACCUCAACUCUUCAGAACCGCCCAUGUUGGCUGUAAAUCAGAGAGGUUAUCGUAAGCAACAUAGUACAACCACUGCCCUCGCCAAAGUGACACACGACGUCCUAACUGGGCUCGAUGGUCAUAUGUGUACGGUUAUGAUCUUGGUGGAUUUCUCACUAGCUUUCAAUUCGGUGAUACAUCUGGUACUUCAUACCAAGCUGCGCAGUGAAUUUAAGUUUUCAGAAAGCGCAUGCAACCUAGUAAAAUCUUUCCAUAGUGAUCGGAGCCAGAUGGUGAAAAUAGGUGACAACCUUUCCAGCGAACUAACUCUUCAUGACGGAACCCCACAAGGCUCGUGCCUCAGCUCCCUGCUUUUCAGCCUUUACGUGAACAGUCUCCCUGCUGUCCUUCGAUGUCAAUAUCAGCUUUACGCAGAUGAUCUGCAAAUCUACACUACUGGUCGCAUUGAGGAUAUUCAUCUACUCAUUCAGGCAAUCAACAGGGAUCUCCUAGCGAUUGAACAGUUGGCUAAACGAAAUGGACUAUUCCCCAAUCCCAAAAAAAACGCAAGCCAUAAUCUUCAGUAG